AUGGUUGCCCUCCGCACCGCUCCAAUCAGCGCAACGCCCAUCCGCAACCUCUACAUCUCAGACAUCUCAGACAUUACGGUCCCUAACGACCCAAAUGUGUUCCAGCAGCGCAACAUCACGCACAUCCUCAUUCUGACCCAUGACCGCGACCGACCCACACCCGAACCAUACAUCAACCCCUUCCACGUCCCCAUCGAAGACGACCCCACGAAGGCAUCGUCUGCCUUCUCGAGGAUGUUAACGGGAAAGCGCGACGCCAACGUGUUGGUGCACUGCGUUUAGGGACAGACGCGGAGCGGCGCAGUAGUGAUGGCGUAUGUGAUGCGCGCUCAACAUGCCGUACGAAGCGCAGCGGUUCGGGAGAAGUGGCCUGGGGCUUUGCUCAACUGUGGAUUUACGAUGCA